ACUAAAAGAAUUUUAAAAGAGACCGGAAUGACUCCUCCGUUUUUACGUUAUGCAGGUAUUGCUUGUUGAUCGCCACCGUAAGCACCAGGGCUUUUUUUUUUUUUUUCGCCCCCCGCGUUUACGACCGGUGUGAUCCCUUUGCUAAGUACUUUAAGCAGAGGCUUUCUUCUGCAAAGGAUCCCGUUCUUUGAAGGCAAAUUAGUAACCGAGUCAUUAAGGAACGCUUGUAGGGAUCCUCGAGCAGGCUGGGAAAUACGUUUUUGACUUCUGAAUUAGGAAGAGUUAUCUUGCAGAUGAAUGCAGGAACGUCGACAUAAGGAAGGGCAGAGGUAACAUCUUGGAGGGAUACAGCCCACAGAACUUAGCGUUUGCUCAGUUAAACAAGUCAGAUUUACAGAUCUGUCAACAUCGAGCACCAACAUGUUGCACCAAGAAAAUGGAAGAAAGCUACCAGGCAGCUGUUCGAAGGGAGAGGACUCAGAGUAUCCAGGCACUGAACUUCGAACUGAAGUACAUGAUCGUUGGUCAUAUCACAGCUUUUCAAGAGGCCUUUGAGUCUUUGCUUCGCUUUGCUGAAAACCGCACAAGUUCCCUGUUUGAGACAGCAUACAGACCUAUGGCAAAAGAAGCAGCAGAGCCUGUUAAAGAACUUUUUACAGACAUCUCUCUCUACAUUCUGGGAGCAGAGACUACAGUGGAAAGUGCAGUACUACGGUUCUUUGACAGUCUCUUUCCUCUGGUGUAUAGCCGGCUAAUAAACCCAGGAAUUACAGAUUUAUCAGAGGACUAUACAGAGUGUCUACGACUUACAAGGCAAGACAUAAAUCCUUUCGGACGCUAUUCUAAAAACAUGGUCACAGAGCUGUCGAAAUCUCUGUGGGCGAGCAGGAUGCUGAGCCAGGCCCUCGGCCUGGGCAUCGAGGUGAUAAACACGACGGAGCACGCGGCUCUGACGAAGGAGUGCAGCCGGGCGCUGGUGCGGAUGCAGUACUGCCCGCACUGCCAGGGCCUCACGCUCAUCAGACCCUGCGCCGGGUACUGUCUGAACGUCAUGCGGGGCUGCAUGGCCAGCGUGUCGGAGCUGGAUGCGCAGUGGAGGGAGUACAUCUCCACUCUGGAGUACCUGGCGAACGAGAUGGCUGCCUCGCAUGAUCUGGAAAUCGCACUGAUGGGAAUCCGGAACUCCAUCAAUGAAGCCAUCCUGCACGCACAGCUCAACGGACCUCAGCUCUCCGCUACGGUUGAUAAAGUGUGUGGACAGCCCAAACAACAAGAAGGGAACCUGUCGCCAGACAAUAUAGUGCCAGUGAAGGAAGCGACUGAAACCCAGACAUUUGUGAUGGCUCACGCGAGUCUGAACAAUAAAAGAAGAGAGUUCAUCAAUUACAUGAAGCGAUCCCGAACCUUUUAUGCCUCUAUAGCAGAAAGGCUGUGUGAUGGAGAUCUGGUGAUGAGAGACAGCUCGACCUGCUGGAAUGGAGAGGAUGUUGUAGAAAGUUACACCAGCAGAGUUGUUUCCAAUGGACUGAAGGCACAGAUUAAUAAUCCGGAGCUGAAAGUCAGAGGAUUGGACCCACUCAUCAGCAAUUUAAUUGAUAAACUUCAGCACUUUAAUAAACUGGAUGCUGAGAAGGCAAAAUUGAAACUGGAGAGAUGGGCUUCUCGGGACGCUGGCAGUGGGGGUGGAAGAAGUGAAGAGGUGGAGUCCAGCGGGGAUUGUGACGAUGAGGAUGGCUGCCAAGGAUCUGGUGACAGGAUUCACACAGCAGAUAUACUCAAGGACAAGAAAACCCAUCCAGAAAACAGAAACGAACCAAACCCAACUGUGAAAAAGAUUGACACCACAACCACCACAAGCACUGUCAAGUCAUCCUCUAAACACAGUGUAACUGGAAAUGGGAGCAGUCCAGCCCCGAGUUCCUCACUUGUUAGUUUGGCAGCACUGGCGGUUCUGUGCCGUUGCCUGCUGUAGCUGCACUGUCUUGCAGCCACAACACAAGCGGUUCUGUCAUUUAUACCUACAGCCUUACCUGACAGAAAACAAAUUUAAAUGGCUCUCUAGUUUAUGUGAUGUGCUAGAAUAAAUGUUAAAUGAUGUGCUGGAACUGGCAGAUACCAAGUGUGAUCACUUACAGUGUCUGCAGAUAGCCUUUGAGAAAGCCCACCCAAGAUACAGAGGGAAUGAUGACAAGGGUCUGAGUAGCUUAACUUAUGGGGUAGAAACAAUUGAAAACACAUAAAUUUUACAUGUGUGUGUUAUUGUUUUUCUAAAUUUCAUUCACUGGAAUUUGACUGGCUGGUUUUGAUUUUUCUGAUAAGUUAUAUGAAUGGUCAAGUCUUCAAAUUCAAGCCAAUACAUACUUUAUUUUUCUAGUGAGCAGCUUACAAGCUAUGUCUACAGUUGUAAAACAUGUUAAAGUGAAGUACUCUCCACCAGCUUGAUACAAUUCCUAAGUGGUUAGGAAGAUCAAAGCAAGUUUGAAACUUCUGUUCACUCUUACUGUUUAGAUCUUUAGGAAGCAACAUAAAAGCAUAUGGUGUGUCUAAUAUAUCAGUAUAGUUGCCUUAACUAUGGAAAAAAUUAGAAACGCUUUGUUUACUGAGGGAUAUCGAUAGUGAGUUUCCCUGCCCCAAAAAAUGCCGUUACCAGAUGCUUAAGCAUAUGCUCAAGGUUUACUGGAUGAAUGUCCAGCAAUGGGAAACAUAAAUAAAUAUAAUAUUUUAUCCAGUUGAAUGCAGCUCUGCAUAGACAAAAAGAAAAACAGUUCAAACUUACUUUGCCUAGGUGAUGGUAAAGACAAACCGACUUAAAUUUUCCAUAAAGGUCCCAGAGAUAUAAAUUACUGGGAACUCUUAUUAGACACUAACUAGAUUUUGUGCAUUGUGGAUCUCUGAAAUCAACUGUUUCAUAAACUGUGUAUUAUUUAAUUGCAUUUAAUGUUUAAAAUUUUGUAUUACAGUAGGUGUAAAUGUAAAGCAAUCUGAAAUCUAGAGCAUUCUCUGUUAUGUGUCAUCUUGAUUGCUACCCCAGAUUAUGUCAAAAAGUGCAUUGUAUUACAAGGCUAUUUCUUUUUUCAUUUGUUAACUUUUUGGAUGAAAAAAUAUUAUAAUAACUUCUAAUGGGUUAAGAGUUAAUGUGCAUUUUCCAACAACUGUUUCUGUGCCAUUGAAUAUAUAUAUACAAACACAACUGUAUGAAUACAGUGAUUAAUAUGAUAAAUAUAUGAAACAUUAGAAUUGUUAUAUUUACUACAUUUCAUAACUACUACAACAGUUUAAUGGCCAUUUUCAUGUUGUAGACUAUUAUUAUGUACAGUUUUAUAAGAUUUAAUGUAAAACACUUGCCUUUGUUUUUUUUAUAAAACAUCUCUUUGAUACUUAAGAGUUAUACAGCUACUGACAUAACUCAAAAGAAGAACCUUGUGUCUUGCUAACCAACUUCAGGCAUUUUAUCAGCAAAUUUGAUUUUAUAAAUUACAGCCUGAAUCAAAGAAGCUGCCGUGUUCCAGUAUUACUACUGGAUGUCGUUAUACAGCAAGUGGCAAUAAUACAGAUACAGUAAGUGAACAAAGACUCACUGGUAUGUCUUCAGAUAGUAUUAGUCAACAUGUCUGAUUAUGUUUGCAGAGGUGGAUCUUGAGUUUUGUUUUUAAUUUGGUCUCUUAGAUCAUAUUUACAGACAUAAAGGUAUAAUCAGAACCAUCGACACACCCAGCUGCAAAGGAGGUAUCUCUAAAGUAGCAGGAGCUAAGUUUUCUAAAAGAGCAUUCAGUUUUAAUGUUGAAACAAGGAGAUAAGAUAGAAAAGAUACUAACAAAAUAUUUUAUAUUUGAAUUCUGAAUGUUCAAAAUGGUAAGGAUAUUAAUAUCCCUAAGUAGUGCUUUCCAAUCAUAUCAGUGAAAAUUGGUUUUCCCAAAGGUACAACAAUGGCUGUCCUGUUUUUUCCAGGGUUUGUGAACUGCACCUGUCUAUUGAAGUGUAAUUUAAAAAGACGCUUCUUGUGUUAAUUUUCACUGCCCUUUGGAAGAGUGCACUUUUACCUGAGCAGAGUGUAAGUCGUGUAAUUUGUACAGUGAAAGGACACUGUCAUUCACUGCAGUUUUAAAGGGAUCAGCUGCCAUGGCUGCUGCUGGACAGGUUGGUCUCUGUGCACACAGAAAUGUCCGUCAGGUGCAGCUUACCACCAGCUCUUCAGGUAAUACCAACCACCAUGGCUUCACUGAAGCAAUUAGUAUCUGUUGCUGGCCUGAUACCCCUGUUGUCAUGAACGUGACCCCUAAUUUAGUAUUCUCACACUUCAGAUGCUCAGUCACCAUUCAGGCAUCUGCGUUUGCACACUUAAGUCUCCUUCAAGAUUCCUGUGGAUAGAGCUGGGGUCUCAGGGCUGGCCUUUGAUGCUGCCAGAGAUAUCAGCUGUGCAGCGUGGAGUUUUCAGUUCAUCUCACGGGCAGAGAUGGAACUAGAAUACUCUAACUUAUUUGUCUUUUUGAGGUCUUUUCUGUAAAAGGUCUUGUGUUUGUAGCUUGGAGCGGUGAUCCAGCUAGCCGAGUAUCCAGCUGCGCAGAGGAAGCUGCAGAAGCCCUGCAGUGGCACGGAUGGAAUAAUUCCCCCAGGGGAUUUUUUUUCUUGUUGGUAAAUGUCAUAAUCUUUCUAAACAAAAACUUCCGAAAAAUCAAGUGUUUGAAUUUUGGGUUUGGUCGCCAAAUAUUUGUAUGAUGUAGCAUUCAUCUCUCAAGCUAAACGAGACAACCCUUUUAAAAUUUCUGUAACAAAACUAAACAAGUUCAAAUUGUUGGUAAGGUAGAUUCAACUCAUUUAAUUGGAUUCAACCAGUAUUUGAAUAUAUGCAAAUUGUUAUGGAACAAGGGAAGAUAGGGCAGAGGACUCCACCCCUAUUAAUACAUUUCAUACUAAUAUGCUUUUCCACUGUAAGAGUACUACUGGUCAAACCAGCAUGAAAUAUGUUCAUAAUGUGCAUCAGAAAUGGUGCAGCUUUAAAGGGCAAUGCAGUGUAUUUUUACUGAUUGUUUAUCAUUUUUUUUUCCUCAGGAUCAGUUGCAUUUAUGUAUUAAAAUAAAUAUUUUUCCAUCAAACAAAAAUUUAUACCAGCAAAGGCAAAAACAACUGGCUGAUGAAGGAAGAUGAAGGAAGUAUUUCUUUUCAGAUGAAUAAGAUACCUAUUUUACAAAAUCCUACUUUGUUAUCCGGGACACUGUAAUUACGAUGUAAUUACAAAGGUCUAAAUUCAAGCUAUUUUUGAACUUGUCUAUGUAAUCUCAGUGUAAAAUAAGGCACCAGUCUAACAGCAUUGCUGUAGUUUUGCCUGACAGUUAUGAAUUGUAUUUAGCCACUGCUUUUGGAAUGUUUAUUGUUUUGCUAUGACUUUCUUUUAAUAUUUUGCUGUGCCAGCAUUUGCGAAUGCCAGCAUUGGAAAGUAACUGCUGUCAUACAUUUGUGGGUAAAAUCCAUCUAUCGUUUUCUCUUAAUAGUGACACAGGCUUUUUACCAAAUAAGACAGAAUUGCCAUGGGUGCAGAGUCAGUUUGUGCAGUUCACUCCUAUUUGGGCUCCACGAUACAGCAGGUUCCUAUAAGGGGUUCAAGAGGUUUAUGUGUCGCUUGUCCCCUGCCUGGCUGUGAAAGCGUCCGGGAGAAGAGUGGAGGUGGGUGAGAGAAAAGCAUGGGUGGCUGCAAUGUGCCAGUCAUGGCAACCGCCAGCUGUCUUUGCUGAGGCCCUGAGCUCAGUGUUCUCAGCUCAUCUCCAAACAGCUUUUAGAUCUCCCCAAAUCAACACAUGGAGAGUGGCCAGACAAAGAGCAGCAGAGAAUCUAGAGGCUGCAUUCUCGGGCAGCUUCACAGAUACCUGCUAUGAAUUGCACUUUCUUCACAAUUCAGAUGCUCUACAGAAUCUGGCCUCUCAUUUUCAACCUUGCACUUUUUUGCUGGUUUGCAUAUUGCCAGUGCUAUGCCCUGUCUUCUAGUGCGCCACGUACUUUGCAUAAGGAAUUGUGAUUCUGAUCUCUCAGUAAUGAACCUUUUGAGGUACAAAUAUCUGCCAGAGCUUGAUAAGGGCAACACAAAUAAUAAUGUCCAGCUGCACUGACUUCAGAGGCUCUGCUUAUGGUUAUCUGCCUAUGAGAUUCACAUCUCUUUGAUCUCUUAAAUCAGAUCUGCAUUUAAUGCAUCCCUAUUUCCUUUUGUUACCAAGACUGCAACAUAUCUCAUAAUUUGAAAUUUGACUUUCUAAUUCCUGUGUGGGUCUUCUCAAUAUUGUUCUAAUGGAUGUUAUGCACAGACUUCAUUUUAAUGUUAGAUGAGCCUUUUUGCCCUGAUUUACUGAGCCAUUCUUAUUCAAUAUUGCACAUGAUUAGGUUUAAGCAAGACCUGUUCAAGUAAAAGGAGCUGAAACGCACAUGAAAGUGAGAUACUGAGUAGGACAAAAAUCCAGAAAGUCCCUUUGUUCUUGAAUUGGACUCUUCAUAUUAAACAGAUCUUAAGGCUUACCCGAAAUGACAGCCAAAAUUUUAUACCUAGCAUGGUGUCAAGGGGAUUUCAGCCUUGUAUUGAAAAUGGAUAAAGAGUCUGCCCAUUUGGGAAUUAAUUAAUAUACGUGCUUCUCUUCUGUCUCUGCACAUGGGUAAAUUUAGGUCUGUAGAAAUCAAAGUCCUUCCCUAGAAUGUGUCCCGCACAUUGAGCAUCUCAGCAUUGUAAGUGCUUACUGUUACAACUAGCCAAAAGCACAAGACAUUUAUUUUCAUUUAUAGAAAGCCAGUACUCACAGUGCUUCUUGUAAUGACAUAUGGCAUGUGUGUUAAUGAAAGUGAAACAUCUCACAGUCAGUGUCAUUACAGCUGUGACAUGUGUUAGUCAAAAAGAACAUGAUAAUGUCUUCUUCCUACUGCCUCAGAAGUCAAGAAUUACUCCCAAUAUUGAAUUCUCUUCUGUUUACACUGUCGCUCUCUAACUACAUUUGAAUUGUAUUAAAUAUUAAGCCACACAAACAAACAAACAAAACAACAAUAACAAAAGAAAUACUGGCCAAGGAAUUGUAAUAAAUAGAUAAUAAACUCAGAAAAGUAUCCUGCAUUUAAAGUAGAGCACACUCCUAGCUAAGAAAACCCUCCUGGACUAGAACAACUUUUAAGUUGCUCUCCCCUCCUCCAGGUUCAUCACCAUCCCCUUCCACUUCCAUACAGCACAAGACGAAGCCUGCGUGCAGGAUACUGGUGCACUGAAUUAAUGAAAGUGAAUUAAAACUAGUGCUUUGUACUCAAAUUUCCAAGUGUCUUGCUUAAAGUGGGCCUCCUCCUGCUGAUUAUGAGGAAUGCAUUCAAACUGCAUGUGCAAUUGCUUAAGUUGUCAUUCAGUAAACGGCCACAGUUGCUGCCGCUUUCAGAAAAGGCUGCUGGACACAGACCUUAAAGCAAUAUUUUUGUGUUGCUCCCAUGUAAUUGAGAUCAGACUUAGGCCUUAACAUAGACUGGUUUAGACGUUCUGGUUAUUAUCAACACUACAAUGAUUUCCCCCCAUGAAAAUAAUGUAAAACCCUUUCAAGAGAAGGGUGCAUAAAAGAGAGGCCACUGAUGCUUCAUGAGGUGCGUAAAGUACUUCAUUAGAUAGCCAGUAACAACCACGGGUUGGUUUUAUCAUUUCUGUGCAGAAAGCAUUAAUACUACCUUGCAAAUUUAUGCAGUUUGUAUUUAAUCAUUUCAAUUAAUCUUUAGUAAAUUACCCGCUACUUUGUAAUUAUAAUAUUUGCAGCUAAUUUAGUACCAUCCUAAAAAUCAUUUGUUGCAUAAUAUAAGCAAUUAACAUUUAUUCUUUUUUCUUUUCUGUUGCAAGGGGAAUACAUAAAUUAUCCUCAGUGGCCUUUCUGUACACCUAAUUAGCACCUGUUUGAAUUAUUCUACAGGCUAUGGACAUUUCAUUUGAAAAAUAAAUGCACUGCUAGUUUGGUGAACUCCUUGCAAAUACACAGUUGUAAAAAUUACUUUUCAGGGGAAUACAAAAUAAUGUUUUCAGGCUUUUAGGCUGUUAGACCUAGAAUAGGUACUGACAUUUUUAAUUCAGUUAAAAUGGAAAUAGAUAACUCUUUCCCAUAAUUAAGUAUAGUACCCAGAUUUGUAGCCUGUUUUUUUUCAGUAAUGGAAAAGGAAAGCAAUAAGACAUCAAGAAUAUAGAUCCUAGUGCAACCUUCACAUUUCUGUAUAUGCAUAUAGAGGUAAGAAGUUUUACUAAUCAGAGACUAUCAAAAGCAUUGCUAUGGUGGAGCGUCAAGGAUACUAUGUUAAAAUUGUAGAAAUUAAACGGGGUUGCUUCAGUCUCAUAAGUAAGCUUCUAGAUAAAUAGUAAUUUUCUAUUUACAUGCAUAGUAUAUUGAGGAAGAUCAUUUGAUCUUUUUAGAAAGCAGAUCUGGAAAAAACUUUCUAACAAGAAUGCCGAUAUCAAAUAUUUACAACCUCCACACAUACGAAACUGGGAAAUCAAAAAAGGGUUUGAGACUCUUCUGUGGCUAUGAAAUCUUGCAACAGACCCUCAGCCCCUACAAAUCAGUACAGUUCCUUUGAUUUCAGUUUAACUAUGUAAAUUUACCCCAGCAUAGUAUCUAGCCCAAGAAUGUGAAUUCCUCCUCAUCUUUCUGCAGGUGCAGAAAAUCAAGAGUAACUGCAAUGAUUACAAAAUUUGCAUAACAGUUUUACAUUGCCUGGGCCACUGAUCAGAUAGUAUCUUCAUGCCUGAUAAGAAAAUCUGUUAACACAUGGGAUACCUUAAGUCUUUUCCAGGGGCACAGCGGGGGCCUUUUCCAGAAGCAGCUGGUGUGAUUUGGGGCUACAAGGAGAUGUUCAUACUGUGAGUAUCUCCUAGGGUGGAAAAUCUUUCUCAGAGAAGGUUUGUUGAUACAGAUCAGGCCUUGAGGCAGAUGAAGUUUGAUUUUUGUUUCAUGUUAAAACAUAGGAUCUGGGUUUUAAACUGGCCUCAGAAACUAAUUGAGACUCUGUGGAGAGAACUGAUUGUGGCUUUGAUGUUUUCAGAGAAGCCUGAACAGCACAGAAGGCAAGCAGCCAUAUUCUGCUGCAGAUGAAGCUUGUGUAUCUUUGCAUUCAGUUUCAGAUAAAAUUAUCUGUGAGUUUCCAGAUUAGCGCUGACGAAUUUGUGAGUUAAUGUAGCCUGUUGUUCUUCGACGGAGACGAAAUGAAAUUUCCUUCUAAGCAGAAACAAAAAGAAAGCUCUUUAUUUUUGUAUUAUGCUGAACAUCCAACUUGGAAUGAAACCAAAACAGGGUGUUGGGCCUCACAAAGACACAGAUUGCUCUGAGUGGGCAUGCUCUUGGGGCACAUAGUGAUACUGGUGUCAGAGAUCACUUGUCGUGAAAGAGAAUGUCCACCCUUCGGCUCCUUUUUGAGAAAAGCUACGGUUUAUGGCUCAGAGAUGGCAAAUCAUUUACAGGCAAAAGUUGUAGACAAGUCCACAAAGCAGUGAAGAAAGCAAUAAGACAUUUGGUGGUGUUCUCACUGAAACAUGAGAAAAUGAAUUUAACUGAAAUAUUUGAGCUUUUGCGCUAGAGAUGAACAAGAGGGUUGAAACCGACUCCCAAAACGCUGCAGCUGCAUAUGGAGCAGGCUAACAUAGCAGCAAUACUGUAUUAGUUGUUUAUUGUAUCCCACUUAUGAUAUGGGGCAGUAUUAGGAUAAAAAUGGAAGCCAAUACACUAAACCUUGCAUAAUAGAACCACUUACUGUAUUUCGAUAUCGGAACUAAUUCAGUGUGAAUGUUUACAGUACAUUGGGGUAGAAAUUCUAGUAAAAUAUGUGCUUUCCUUUUUAGCUUUUUAAAUAAUUAGUUUAUGGCCUCCUAGUCUUCAUUUUAUUUUACAGGAAUUAUUAGGCUGCUUAUAUUUGUAUUUUACAUUAGUUGCAUCAAGGGUAUUGUAAGUUCCACAAUAGAUUGGUUUUGGCCUAAGCUGUAUUCAAGCUCUAAUACUUAUUUCUGUUUCCCAAGCACGUGUUUUAUUUGCAGUGUAUCUGCUUUUAUUUUUAUGGAAUAAAUCUGUCCAUUUUCUUCAGUUUGUUUUCAGCAUUGAAUAUGAUAAGGACAAUUUUAAAAAACGGUCUGAAAACAAUGUCUUAAAAGAAGAACAAGGCUACUUUGAAAAGUUAUAGUAAACAGUGUGUUUUGUAAAGGACAAUGAACAAUGAAUGGGAAUAAAAAUACUCCAGAACAGGAAAUUGUUGUCAUCUAUUAGAACUUUUGUAUUUUUUCUGAAUGUUUUUCAUAAUUUUUGUUGUAAGUUACAAAGCUGAUAAAAUCUUAAAUAAAAAUGUUUUAAUCUGUUCAGAUGAUGCUUUGAAUAAAGGAUGCAGACCUUGAGAA